AUGGAUAGGGUUUUGCAUAUUGUGCCAGAAACAUUUCAGCAAGUCCAGCAUCUUCUACACCUUUGCAGCACUUUACUGCUGUAUUUGUGGAAGCCCCUGCUACCUGAAGACAUCUCAGCUGGAGAAGAGCUGCACAUAAGGGUCCCAAAGCCUCUGGUUCAGGAAGUUGAAGACAGCUUAAGUCAGCACAUGAUCUCUUACAAAGUCCUAAUAUCUGAUGUGCAGGAACUCGUGGACCAGAGCAUGACAAGGGAGAGGAGUAGCCACCCACAGGUCCCAGAAGGUUAUGUCUAUACUCAAUAUAAUCCAAUGGAAAGAGUAAAGAGAUCAAUCAACCAUCAGAUAGAACAAAAAAACCACACUUGGACGGACUUUGGAAUUCCUGCCAGAGAAUGGAUCUCUCCAGCCUUCUGCCAGUGGUUUGUGAAAGAAAGUCUUCAAAAUUACAAAUCUGACCCAAAGAUAAGAAAAUUUCUGCAGAAUUGGAUCCUCUACAUCUUGCCUGUCCUCAAUAUUGAUGGCUACAUCUAUUCCUGGGAAAAAGAACAUUUGUGGAGGAAAAACUGUUCUCCAUAUAAGAAAGGACCUUUAUAUAUCUCUCCUUUGAUUAAUCUUCUGUAUACCUCUCCAGGUAUUGGUGUUUCUUAUUACUGCAGCAGAGAAAACAUCUGUGGAUCUGAACCAGAAUCAGAGUAAGAGACAAAAGCUGUGGCUCAGUUUAUAGAAUGGAAGAAGAGUGACAUUUUUUGCUAUUUAACAAUUCACUGCUAUGGACAGAAAAUCCUCACUCCCUCUGGUUUCACAACUACACCUCCAAGUAACAGUGAAGAAGUGGUAAGGGUUGCAGAGGAAGCAGCUGCUGCCCUGAAGAGAAAGUAUGGGACCAGCUAUGAAGUAGGAUCAACCUCUUUACUUUUAUACUAUAACUCGGGCUCCUCAAGGGACUGGGCUCACAUCAUUGGCAUUCCUUUCUCCUACACAUUUGAACUGCAAGACAAGGGUACUCAUGGAUUUGUUCUACACUCCGAUCAGAUUCAAUCCACAUGUGAGGAGACCAUAUUGUCUGUGACAACUAUCAUAGACUAUGUUGAUCAGAAGUACUUCCCAGGUGGGGCUGUGAUGCUGACUUCUAAGUCUAAGUGUUGUACUUACAUGGACUGUUUCUUAAAAAUGGCUUAG